AUGGCAACACAUUACAUUUCCAUAGUCACUACCUCAAUUGUUGUUUUACUUGCAUCCCACAUUAUAAGUGUUGCUACAACCAAAGAAACAAUAUCAUUAGAUGCUAAUCUUCGUGAAUUUUCACUUAAUUUAGAGUACUUGGAAGCUGAAUUCUUUUUAUUUGGAGCAUCGGGUUAUGCAAAUGAUAUCAACUUUUUACUUGCAUCUUAUUUGAUUCCUUAUGUUGGUCUUACCGGAUAUGUUGGAGUCAAUCCAAUCCUCCAAAAUCCUACUUAUAAUCAGUUAGUUGCAGGCCUUCUUGGAGUAGAAUCGGGCCAAGAUGCAGUUAUACGAACAUUGUUAUACGAACGUCAUGCAUUGAAAGUGAAAUCUUAUAGAGUGAGUGUGGCAGAAUUCACUGAUUGCAUUUCAAAUCUUAGAAAUAUAUUAGGAAACGGGGGUUUGAAAGAUGUUGGUCUUAGUAUUGUUGACAUUAGCACAGUUGGGAACAUCCUUGUUGGUGAUGAAUCUUCGCUCUCAUAUCCAAGGACUCCAGCAGAAAUAUUGAGGAUUAUAUACGGAAGUGGUCAUGAAAGUGUCCCUGGUGGGUUUUUCCCUAAAGGAGGAAAUGGUCUCAUACCAAGAUCUCACUUACACACUACUUAA